AUACACAAACACAUGGAAAAGAUCUUUAAAAACCUCAGCUUUAUAUUAUUCACUUCUAAUCACCUUUUAUGUCCCUUCAAGCACUUGGAAGAAGAAAAACAUUAUUAUCUUUUAAAAAAUAAAUAAUAAAUUAAAAUGACCACAGGUGCAAAAUGAAACUAGGGAAUUCCCAUGGGACCCAUCAUAUCCAGAUUGGUGAGCCAAAAACUACUCCCAACUCCCAACUUCAACUUUAAGUCACUCUUUUCUCUUCUCUCCCUUGUCUCUUUCCUUGUUUCAAAUUUGAGGCUUUGAGUUUGAUCAGCUAAGCCAAUGGAGGGUUGUUGCUCUCUUCACUCAUCAGCUUUGAACCUUGUACCAUCUUCUUCCUCCAUUCCCAGAAUUAAUGCCCUCUCAGACAAACCUUUCUUACACAAUCACCUACUUAAGUUUCCCAAUUCCAAGAGAGACCCAAAUCUCAAAAGUUUCAAAUUUCUUCCUAUCACUGCUCAAGCUUCUGUAGGGACAACAAAAUUAAGCUCAGAGACAUCUAAUGCAACUCCAAAGGACUCAAAAGAUGAGAACCUUGCAUUUGUUGCCGGUGCAACUGGUCGAGUAGGCUCGCGACUAGUGAGGGAGCUUUUGAAACUGGGGUUCCAAGUCAGAGCUGGUGUGAGGAGUCCUGAAAGAGCAAAACCUCUAGUAGAAAGUGUAAAACAAAUGAAGAUGGAAAAUGCAGGUGGAGAAACUCAAUUUGUAGAAAAGCUUGAAAUCGUACAAUGUGACUUGGAGAAAAAAGAUCAGAUUGUAGGAGCAUUAGGCAAUGCAUCUGUGGUUAUCUGCUGCAUUGGUGCAAGUGAGAAAGAAGUUUUUGAUAUUUCUGGACCGUAUCGUAUUGAUUAUCUGGCUACCAAAAAUCUUGUUGAGGCUGCAACUGUUGCCAAAGUGGACCACUUCAUUUUGCUAACAUCUCUGGGAACAAACAAGGUUGGAUUUCCCGCGGCAAUUCUGAAUUUAUUUUGGGGAGUGCUACUAUGGAAAAGGAAGGCAGAGGAAGCACUGAUAGCCAGUGGAAUUCCCUACACGAUAGUGAGACCUGGUGGAAUGGAAAGGCCUACCGAUACUUUCAAGGAAACACAUAAUACAACACUCUCGCAGCAAGAUACGCUGUUUGGUGGGCUUGUGUCGAAUCUGCAGGUGGCAGAGCUUAUGGCAAGUAUGGCUAAAAAUCGUGAUCUGUCAUACUGCAAAGUAGUGGAAGUCGUUGCAGAGACAACUGCUCCAUUGACUCCCGUGGAAGAACUUCUGAAAACGAUACCAUCUGAUCGACCUGGCUCAUUCCCACCGAAGGAAUCAGGUGUAGUGGUGGAGCCUGAUUUACCACCUCCUAAGUCUGAGGAACCGAAACCUUCUGCUGUGACGGAACAUGUAAAACCAGACAAAAUUACUCCACAACCACAGUCUCCUUAUACUGCCUAUGAAGACUUGAGACCACCUACAUCUCCUACUCCAACCCCAAGUACUACUCCUGGUGCCACUCCCACUGAGGCAUCAACUCCAACUGCUUCAGAGGAAGUCUCGAAAACUGUUAUCGAGGAAGAUGUAAAGACAGAAGUGAAGAAAGGAAUGACUCUCUCGCCUUAUUCAGCCUAUGAAGAUUUGAAGCCGCCUAGCUCUCCAAGCCCAACACCACCCGGUGGCCGCAAAAGCAUCCCUUUAGAUGCCUCAAAAUUAAGUGAGCUCGCUUCACCAUCUUCUGAAAGCAAUGAGGUUGCAGAGCUUGUGAUAGAUAGUGUUGCUGAAAAUGGCCCUCCCAAGAUAUCAUCUUAUUAUCUUUCACCAUACCCUGCGUAUGAUGAGCUGAAGCCUCCCACAUCACCAUCUCCAAGUGCUCCAAAUGUAACGAUCACCUCAACACCAUUGGCUGUGGAUAGCAGCACACCAGUUCAGAGCUCAGUGCAACUUCCUGUGGAAGAAAAGACAGAGAUUGAAGAACAGGAUCAUGUCAAACCAAAGCCAAGACCACUAUCACCUUUCACAAUGUAUGAAGACUUGAAGCCCCCUGUGUCCCCAUCACCAUCUUCACCAUCUUCAAGUAAAUUCUAAAGCUUCAUAAAACUUUAAUGAGGUAAAAAUACUUGAGUCUUUUAGUAGGCUAAAAACUUAUUUUUAGCAUAAUCCUGAGCUUACUAAGUUUCACAGAAUCAUUGAAGAAAAUGAAUAAGGAAAUGAGGAAUGCAAAUGAAGUUGCGGCAGUUAUGACAAUAUUCAUGUUCAUGAUAUAUUUAUAUAGCUCUAUUACGAUAUCUCUUGACAUGUUGUAUUUAAUUAUAAGAAUCAAUUUAAAAACUCCAAUUCAAUAACAGUAUGUGCUUCUUUUUCUUUC